CCAUAAUUAUAAUAAUAUAGUUAUUAUGUUCCUCGAAAAAAAGCUUUUUUAAUUAAAAUUUUGCUUAGAGAUUUACUAGAUGUCGGAAACUAACUUGACAACAUCCUUUUGCUGACAACUUGUUUAAACAGGUUUUAUUCUAAACUGAAUGUAAAUUAAAUAUCACGCAUAUGAAGCAGGAAUAAACCAAACAACCUUCUCAAAAUUCAAUGAAAGAUAAAUUUGACAAAUUACCAUUUUGAAUCGUCUUUCCUACCUUCAUUCAAAAUCUCUCUCCAUUUUGCAACAUUCAAUGCUAACCACGUUAAGUUCAAUUGGAUUUUAUUUUUUUAUUGUCACCUUUAACUGCACUUGCGGCUUAACAGUGAAAUGAUUUUGAAAUAUCGUUCCUUUGGAAUAAAUUUUCUAAAUAUGAUCUUGCCUUCUAUAUUAAAACACAUUUUCAUCUGUUUGCCAAUGCAUUAAUGCAAUUUAAAUGAAAUUUAAUUCAUGCGCAACAAGAGUCAAAUUAAAAUAAAACACGUCUAUGAUUGAAUCAAAGACAAAACUGUGCCAAAAUGAAUCAUACUGGCCUCAGCCUAUCCAACUCUUAUGACAGCCUUCCGUUUGAUUUUUGCACAAAUCACAAGUUCAACCACACUAGUUAUAACUCAAUAACUAUUUUCACUUGUGUUACAGUCGCUUUGUCUUCACCAGUGGCAGUGGUGGGAAAUGCUUUGGUUUUAACAGCAAUUUGGAGAAACCCGUCUCUCAGAACACCGUCUUACGUUUUUCUUUGUGGGCUUGCUUUAACAGACUUGUGUAUAGGGAUCCUUGGUCAGCCAGCUUACGUUCUGUACAGAAUUGCUGCGUUAAUAGUAAACAAAAGGCUGUAUUGCAUCGCAAAUGCAGUUGCUCAUAGCAUCGUCCCAUAUUUUUCCACUGUAACAGGUUUGACAAUGACGGCAAUGGCCGUAGAAAGAUGGCUACUAAUGAGUCGUCGACGCUUAACUGUAAGGCGAGUCUAUAUAAUACAAGGCGUGCUUUUAUUUAUACCGGUACCUUACAUGGCGCUUCGCAGAUUGCCUGGAAUGAAGGCGUAUUUUGUUACAGCUAUUGUCCAUAUCAUGGAGGGAUCUAUCGGUCUUUUUUGCCUCGUAGUUUCGUCCGUGGCGUACUUUAAAGUAUUUCGCAUUAUUCGCCAGCAUAAACAACAAGUUCAUGCGAACACUGAGAUCAUCUACGGCGGCCCAACGGGUUUCAAUCUUGAGAAGUACCAGAAAUCGGUGUACACUAUAUUGUGGAUAAUGGCAACGUUCUCGCUGGGUUUCUCCCCGUAUGCAUUUUCCGCCGUGUUAAUGGCGCUUUUAAACGUGUCCUACAAAACAUCAACCGCAGUGCUUCACUUGUCAACCACUUUUCUGUUGAUGACUUCUUCAGUGAAUCCUUUGCUUUACAUCUGGAGAUUGAGGGAAAUUCGUGAAGAGGUAAAGCAACUGAAUAGAAAAAUAUUUUGCAGAUGUUGAGAAACACUCGAAAAAUAUGCAUCGUCUUCGGCAAUCGGAUGGUCUUCGGGAAUCUUCGCGCUCGGGUCAACCUGACUUUGGAAUCUUCAGUGUACUUUGCCAAAACGAGCUCAAACUAACACGGAGAGGAAACUUCAGGGGCGGAUCCAGGAUAUUUCAAGGAGUGGCUAGUACUUGGGAGUUGCAAAAUCAAUGGAACAUGCCCCCAAAAUUUGAGAAUUGAAACCUAAUUUAAAACUGCAAUACCAGAAACAGUAGCAAUGCCACAAAGUAGAAAUUACCGUGAGGUACCUGUGCAGAGUGUUUGCCUUU